UCUCACCCCUCGCACUACUAAACCAUCCCGAACGAACUCAGAUUGUAAACCCUCGCAGCACAUAACCAUCCCAACAAUGGCUCUUCACAUCCUCCUCACAUGGUUUUCUCUUUUCCUUUCUCUCCUCCUCCUCCUGUUAGCGAAAAGCUUCAACAACAACAUAAAUGCCGCGAAGACAGCGACUCCAAGGACGAAGAAGCAGGAGAAGAACCUCCCUCCAGGGCCUCCACCACUCCCCAUCAUAGGCAACCUCCACCAGCUCGGCCACUUGCCUCAUCAGUCUCUGUGGGAAUUCUCCAGACGGUAUGGCCCCGUCAUGCUCAUCCGCCUCGGCUGCAUACCCACAAUAAUCAUCUCCUCCCCCAAUGCUGCCAGGGAGGUCCUCAAGACCCACGACCUCGACUGCUGCAGCCGCCCACGGCUACUCAGCACAGGACGCCUCACCUAUGACCAUCUUGACAUCGCCUUUGCCGAGUAUGGUGAUUAUUGGAGGGAGCUGAGGAAGCUCUGCGUGCUCAAUCUUCUUAGCACCAAGCGAGUUCAGUCCUUUCGAUAUGUCAGGGAAGAGGAGGUGGGUUCCAUGAUCGAGUCAAUCGCAAAGGCAGCAGAGAGCAGAACUCUGGUCAAUAUGAGAGAGAAGUUCAUGGCUUUGACGAUUAGCAUCACUUGCAGGGUCGCAUUUGGUAGGGCGUUUCAAGGGACAGAGUUCGAUAUUAGAAGGUUAGAGGAUGUGAUUUGCGAGGCAUUGGCGAUGUUGGGAAGCUUCUCAGCGUCCGAUUUUUUCCCUCGAUUGGGCUGGAUCGUGGACAAGCUCACGGGGUUCCAUUCGAAGUUGGAGAAGAGCUUUCGCGACUUGGAAGUAUUCUAUCAAAUGGUGAUCGAAGAGCAUCGGAACGUGAAUAUGAGCAACAAGGAAGAGGACAUUGUCGAUUUGCUGUUGAAGUUGGAAAGGGAUCACACCGAGCUUGCGGCGGUUCGGCUCAAGCAAGAUAACAUCAAGGCCAUCAUGAUGGACAUAUUUCUAGCUGGAGUGGACAGUGUUGCACUUGUCAUGGAUUGGACAAUGGCCGAGCUCAUCAGGAACGAGGGCGAUGCAAAAGCUCGAGAGGAGAUCCGAAGUUAUGUUGGAAACAAGAAAUGGGUCGUGGAAAAUGACCUUCACGGGCUCAAAUAUCUCAAGUUAGUACUCAAGGAGGCAAUGAGGUUACAUCCUCCAGCUGUACUACUUGUUCCAAGGGAAACAAUGGGCCACUUUAAGCUAUUUGGCUACGAUGUCGACCCGAAGACCCGUGUCCUAGUCAACGUGUGGGGCAUCGGGCGGGACCCGAGCUUGUGGGAGGACCCUAAGGAAUUUGUGCCCGAGAGGUUCGAGGACAAUCCAAUUGAUUACAAAGGAAGUCAUUUCGAGCUAUUACCAUUCGGGGCGGGGAGGAGAGGAUGCCCCGGGAUGUCGAUGGGGAUGGCGGUGGUCGAGCUAGCACUCGCCAAUAUCUUGCACUCCUUCGACUGGGAAUUGCCAAAGGGAAUGAAGGAGGGAGAUGUGAGCAUGGAGGAAGGGGCUGGCUUGAAUGUAUUCAAGAAAGUGCCUCUCACUCUGCUACCAGUUAAACCAUCUUAUAAAACCGAUGCAUGACAAAAUUGCGUUAAGCAAAAAACAUCAUAUUUCAUGACGUUUUGUACUUAAUUAUGAUGAAGCGUCUUUGCAUUGUAUAAUGUUAUAGCAUAAAACAUCUCCAUACAACAUAGCUUAGGGUUUCCUCUAUUUUCGCUUGAAGCUGCCACCUCUUUGUAGUGCCAUCCCUGAGGGAGAGAGAGCCUACAGAUAUUUGAUCAGUAUUCUUUCAAUAUAUUAAGGUUGGUGUUUCUGCACAGCGAUGGUGAUGAGAACGUUGAAUUUAGACGCGCAUCAUAAGCCAUUGCAAAUGGAGUGGAAAAUUUCGGUGUUUACUCAUUACU